AUGCUGCUCUACCUCGCUGCUUUUCCAUUCGUUCUAUUCGCGAGUAUUCGCACCUACAAUCUCAUCAAAAACUACAAUGAUGCCCGCAAAUACGGCCUGCCUAUAAUCCUCCUCCCAGUCUCAUUCGAAGACGCAUGGUGGAUGAUCUUCCGCCCGCUCUUCGCCUGGGUCGAGCGCCUGCCCCUGAGACUCGGCAACUGGUAUGUCUACACCGAAAUGGGCUGGCCAACAGUCGAUGGCGACCGGACAACGAAGCGACUGGGCGAGAAUUUUGUUCUCUGUUCACCAGUGAGCAAUCACAUCAUUACUUGUUACCCAGCGGGAGCCGAGACUAUCUAUAAAAAUAAUAGUACAUGGCAUUUCCCACCGGCACAGUCUCAGCUAUUUGCGUUUUAUGGUCAGAAUGUUUCGUCCACGACUGGUGCGGAUUGGCAGAGACAUCGCAAGAUUACCACAGCUGCAUUCAAUGAUCAUUUCAUGCGGGAGGUUUGGAAUGAAUCGACCAAAAAAGCUGCGUUACUCAACUUGGCAGAAGAAAAGGAUCGAAAACUUGACCGAGUUCGAUCUACAUUUGAUGUGCUUGCGAUGAAUGUGUUGGCAGUUGUUGGCUUUGGUCAAGAGCGGCUGUUGAAUACGGCGACUGCUGGCCAUAAGCAGUCCUUGAUGCAAUGUUUGGGCUUUAUCCUUCAGCAUAUUCUCCUGACGGCUAUAUUCAACAGUCUCAAAGCCCCUGACUUCUUGCUUCCAGGUGUGCUCCAACGGUUAAAGCAGUCUGUUGCUGAGUUUAAGCUGUAUAUGGAGGAAUUGGUGCUUCAUCAGAUGCUACAGUCUUCGUCUGUUAGCAAGAACAAAUCGUCGCCGCCAACUCUUCUCGAGGCCAUGGUCAAUGCUAAUGAGGCAGAGAAACAUCAGCUGCAAAAGAUGGUCGGUCGUCCUUCGUAUUUGACCGAAUCGGAGCUUUAUGGUAACCUCUUUGUGUUCAAUCUGGCCGGUUAUGAGACUACGGCAUCCACCAUGACGUUUGCAUUGUCAUUCUUGGCGGCGAAUGCAGAGGUUCAGAGUUGGAUCGAAGAAGAGCUUGACCGUUAUUACACUCCAGAGAAUGAUCAGAAACAGGAAUAUGCGACCACAUACCCCAAGCUUGUCCGUUGCCUGGCAUUGAUGUACGAAACUCUUCGUCUUGCCAGUCCCGCACCAUUACUAGUACGAGCUCCUUCAUCGCCCCAAGAACUACCUAUCAUUCUACCAAACGGCCAAGAGAGAAUCGUCACCGUCAACCCCGGCACACUCGUCGGUGGACAUUUCUACGGCGGCCAUCUGUCCACCCGCUGGGGCCCAGACGCACAUGUCUUUAAUCCAAAGCGCUUCAUUUCCAAGUCCGCUGUUAACGGCGAGGAAGAAUUAGUAGUGCCACCUGACACAUUGUUUAUCCCCUGGUUGACUGGACCACGUGUCUGCCCUGGCAAGAAAUUCAGCCAGGUGGAAUUCGUGGCUAUUGUCGCACAGAUAUUCUCAGAGUAUCGCGUUGAAAUAUUGAAAGAAGGCAACGAAAGUGAGGCAGUUGCAAGACAUCGGUUUGAGGGGGUUGUGGGCGAAAAGUACUUCAAUGUCAGUACGCACUUGAAGAAGCCUACUGAGGGAGCGGUGCGCUUUGUACGACGGUAG